UAAAGGAUACAGUCAGGUACCAAAAUGGCUAAUAAUACAGUAACAAUGGCUUUUAUAGGCCGAGUAGGCCUAGAUAAACUCAGGGAUCCAUAUAAAGUGGAAACAGUCAAAAAGACACUUAAAGGAAUAGGAACACAAAUGGAAGAUAAUAUAUGGAGCAACACGUCAGUUAGCGUACAUAGCGAACAGACUUGGAGUACACAAAUGACAGUAGAAAUAGAUAUACCAGUACCAGGAACACAAUGUAUAACUAUAAACACAAACACUGGCAACAUCAACGAAGUAGAUAUAAUCACUCAACUUAUAAACGAAAGAGAAUUGGAAGACCAUGAUAAUGGCAUGGGAAGUAAUAAACAAAUUAGAAAUAUACACCUGCUGUUGCCACUCAAGGAUAUGAUAAUACAAACCAGAGAUAAAACAAAGUGGUGUUCAUUAAUGGAAAGUGACCACGAUGAAAAGGAUAAUCUAAAUUGGGACGCCAUGCGGAGACUUAUCGCACUGAUAAUAAUAGGUAUCACACUUGAAAAAAUGAAUGAUAUCGAUGAUUCAAUGGUGGUAGCACUCCUGGUCAACCAUGUGAAACAUAACUUCAGAUAUAGCUUCCAGUCACCAACCAGUGGCUUGUGCCACUUGGAACGACCAGAAUGGGCCAUAAACUAUAUCAAAGAUGUAGUUACGAGGUACCACUGCAUAUUCAAAAUAAUGAAACAAGAAAUAAACGGAAAUGUGGAGCAAGUAUUCAAUGCAUUCGUACCACACUCUAUAUUUACAAUGAACAGAGAAAAGUUACUGGAAGGAUUUAAAAGGAUAGCCGCUGAAUUCUCAUUUUCUAGCCUUGUUCGUAAGUGGAUGAUGGUGAUAGCUAAUGAAGCGAGGUUAUUUGUAUUCAGCAGGUUGCCACUGCUAUUCUACGAUUAUAGAGUAACGCCUUUUGAUGGCAUACUUACCAUGAAGCAAGUAACAAAUAUUGCAUCAAAGGCUAAUGAACAAACAAAAGUAAACGUUACACCUUCAUUGUUCGAUGAUGAAACUAGGGUUAAUGUCACAUAUAAUUUAUUAAGGGCAAUGACGGAAUUGGCUACGCCACUUCGGUCAAUCGAUCAAGCGGCAGCAUAUGAAGUAUUCGCCGAUUUCGAUCAAAAUGUAACCGUACCAUGCUUGAAUGUAGGAUUCAACACAGAAGAAAAUGUGGCACUAAUGGAACUAGAUUACGAACGAAAAGGGUUGUGUGGAGCACUGGAUGGACUAAUGAAUAUGGAAAGGAUAACAGCAAAUAGGUAUAUAAAGAAGAUGUUAACAGAUGAUGUCAUACUAGAAACCGUAAAGUGUAACAAACUAACACAACAUAGGUGGUAUCUACAGGAUAGUAGGUACCUAAUACAACCCAUAGAAACGUUAAUCACGCUGCUCAAAAUAUUCGAUGAAAGAUGCAAAUGCAUGGAGUCAACACAAAGCAAAAGUAAAUUCACAAACACUGUUAUCGCACCAAUAAUCAAUACUUACAUAGAAGAUGUAAAAAGAAGAUGGAAUGCUGAAGAUAACGCGCUAAAGUCAUGCAGCCUAACAGCAUUCCUCAUAGAUGCAACUGCAACGCUGCAUGAAUUUCUAAUCAGAUACCCAUAUACACAAUAUAUGAUGCAAUCGCAAGCAAACGUGGAGAAAGUGCUCAAUAAAAUGAUAAGCAUAAUAGGGGAUUAUGUGGAUAAUCUCAUGGAACAACCUUUCAGCGUCCUACACGAUAAAAGAAUAGAUAUCAUGGACGCACUAAAGGACAAAUUCAUACAACUUGCAGUACAGUGUAGCGAGGAUAUAUACGGGAAAAUAUUAAAAGCUACACUAGAUUGCAUAGGGAAACGAUUAUUGUGGACAUUAAUACCAGAACGAGUAAAUCAAAUCAAGCUACACCAACAAAGACAACUAGAUAUUGCACUAGAAAACUGUGAGUUAUUAUACCACGAAUUCAAGGUUAUUGCUCACAGUGAGAUUGUCACUGAAAAUAUGCAAAUCAUGGAGGAUGUCAAAAACGUACUUGCCGCAAAUAUAAACGAACUUGUGGAUGUUGUUGUUAAAAUUAGAGAUGCUAUGGCAAUGGAAUCCGUUUUCAAGUAUACAAAAAAAGGCGCACAGCACUGGUCCAGUAGACCAAUUGAUCAUACUGAAACGCCACGAUCAACAGCAGGAAUUAGAAUAUUGGAAAGUGCAAGUAUAGACAGCGAUGAUCCAGAUAACAUCUUCGACGAUAUAUUAAGAGAAAAUGAAAUUAACCCAAAUGAUGAUAUGAGCCCAGCGUCUAUUGAAGGAGAACAGGCUAUACUAGAGCCUGCAGUAACGAGUGAAUAUGAACUUCUAGAAAAUGUCAGAGAUACAUUGAAGGUAAAUCAACUUGAUGUAAAACAAAUAUACACACUCGCACUACACGCAUUACACGCUCAAUUAGAUCACGAACAAUUUAACGGACUUGUUAAAUAAUUAGUAUAAAGCA